CGCAUUGUUUCCUAAAUCUCAAACACUGUGUGGGCGGAGCAGGUAUUAAACAGGUGCACUGCUAACUCCAAUUCUAUUCACCUGGCCUGUGUUUAGGAUGGACGGUAAAAGCACAUAAGCGGGAUACGUUGGGGAAAUAACAAGAAAUGGCUUCAUUUCUACAGCAGUUGCGACUGCUACUGUGGAAAAACUGGCUGAGUGUUUGGAGACAUCCGGUCUGGUCUUUAGCACUUAUCAUCUGGCCUCUAAUAAUCUUUAUAAUCCUAGCCAUCACCCGGUCCAAGUUCCCUCCUGAAAAACAAUCUGCCUGUUAUGUGGCCCCUCGUAACCUCCCCAGCGCCGGCUUCUUCCCCUUCCUGCAGACGCUCUUGUGUGACGCUGACUGCUCUUGCAAGAACAAAUCGCUUCUGCCACAGACUAAGAUGAUGUUCUCAGAAAGAUUAAACUGGAGCCCUGAAGAUGCCAAUUGGAUGGCCAGCUUUCCCUUAAAUGGAGAGUUUUUUGACAAACUGGGCAUUGGUGGGGGACGAUCGGCUGAGCAGAGGAGCAGUUUGGAUUUACUGACACAGCUGGCUAGCAUGCAUCACAUCUGGACCACAAUGACAAAUGCUGACUUCCAAAGCCUGGCAAACGUCACCUCCAUUAUUAACACACUCAACCAGACAGUACAGGUGGAACAGGAUGGGGUAAAUGAAAUGCUGGUCUCUGCUGAUUUUCUGAAGAAGGUUUUGUGCAAUUACACUCUCCCCUAUGUCAAAAAGACUGGCAACAGCACUGUGGACUUUAUGGGGGACAGUUACAUGACGUUCUGUUUGUCAAAUGUCCCUUUCCUAGAAGCAUGCCUCUAUACAGUGAAUCAGUUGUUCACGAGGUUUAUGAUGGAAAAUUCAGUGGAGGUUUUAAAAACAAGCAUGAUAGUCCUGGGGGUGAUAAAAGACUUCCAGAACAAGUCUGUUGUCUGGGAGAUGCUGCUAGACUUGCCCUAUCUGUUCCUUCCUGGGAGUCUAGAUGAGAAAGUGCAGCUAGGGAUCAAAUUGCUGGAGAAUAUGAACAGCAUACUGCAGAUUGUACAGAGUGGAUACCCCCAGGCUAAUAUCCCGGUGAAGUAUGUGACCCCCACCAUCGAUGAAGCCAUUCAUGUCCUACAGUACAUUCUCCACUGGCCUGGAAGAGGUGUUAAUAUUUCCCUGCAGAAUGUUCUGAGUGGACAGCCUGACAUAUCAACCAGCAAAGAACAAGCUCUGCUGGACACUGUUGUCGUUCCAUUAGACAAGGCACUUCUUCUGGUGGAUUUCAGUGCCUUCAAUUCUUAUAUCUGCGUGGGUCUUAAUGGAUCUGGGGCCCCAACAGAAGACAGCCUGAACAGUCUUUGCGCAAACAACGGACUGCUGCCUGUUUUCAAGAGGAUUGACAGGAACAAAGUGGCAGAGCAGAUCUUUCUGGUCUGGAGCCGAGGAGUCUCCAGGUCAGAUGUGCGCUUUGCUGUUCUCAGCGUGAACAACCUGCUGAGUCUCUUCCUACCGGGCAGUGAACACAUCACCUCCACCCUCACCACUGCCGGCACGGUGUUCAACGACUGGGUCCUGGCCAUUACCGACAGCGUCCUGCUGUCCAUGAACCAGACAACAAGGGAAAUAACAUUCGUGGACUUGACGACCGCAGUGCUGCAUACCCUGAGAGAGAUCCCAGGCUGGCCCUAUGUUCAGAGAGCGCUUGGGGUGGGAGUGGGGAUAAUGGAGUUCGUCACUGACCUCCUGAAGACACAGACAGAUAUCCUGGGCCAUGCAGAGGAAGUUGCCAUCAGUGUACAGAGUAUGGUUCAGUCAUUGCUAAGCAACAACACUUUCUUUGACGCCAGGGUUGGAAAGAACAUAAAUGCGACCUUGGAAACAAUACAGGAGGUGCUGCAGUCAGAACAGCAGGUGGUCUGUUCCAACGUCACUGCUCUGUGGGCUGACCUCAUUACCCAGGUAACCCUUGUGCAGAAAGACUGGCCUGCCUUGUUAUGCAACCAGAAUCAGUCCCUCCUGGUCAUGAUGCUUCAGAAAACAAUGGACCCACUCAUCACUAAAGUCUACAUGCUGAUUGACGUGAUUAAUGGAACUCAAGCACGUGAGGUGACUGCUCCCCAGAUCCUCUCUGCAUGGGAAACUCUGGAAACAUCCUAUCUGAAGUGCAUUGAGGUCAUCGGCAGGGUCACUGAGAUUCUGGGCUCGGAGUACUGGCGAGCCUGGGCUAGAAACACCAGAGCCAUAACCGCCAACUGGACUGCAAUCCUGCAGGAGAGGACACUGGAAGAAGUUGAGCAGCUGGGUUCUGAACUGCAGGCCAGCGUUCUGUGGCCCACAGUGAAACCAUACUUUGACACAGCAUACUGGAUUAUGGCUUACUCCAGUCAGCAGAACACCACCGCACCACCCAACUGUACUUUCAUCAAUUCAACCAUGUCCCUGGAUUGCAGCUCUGUGUUCAGCUGGAAGCAGUUUGUCCUAAUGACUGUGGCACUCUCUGAAGAAGUGGCCAAAGAUCAGACAUCACUGCUGAGGAUGCUUCGGGCAGGAGUAUUAUUUGCUCAGAACAGUUUCCGGAGUCAUGUGGUUGAGCGGCUCUUAAGUACUUUGCCUCUAAACAGCACAGACCCAUUCCUAAAAAAACAAUUCAGACAAGACUAUACACAACUGCUAGACCUUGCUUCAGCCUUGGUGGACCCUUUAACUCCGGUCAACAUCUCCACUGCCUCAGUUUCUAUUGAGGACAUUGUGACCCUACUAGAAAUCAUGAGUAAAAACAAUUCCAAAUAUUACAUGGAUCCACUGUUAAAGGAUGUUGAAACAGCAGUGAAAGUGUUUAAAUUAUUACAAGAAGGGAUAAAAGUCCUCUCCACAUUGGAGUCAGAAGGGGCUGCCAAUCAAACUCUGUUCAAUCUGUCAAGCCAGAUGAUGACAUUUGACAAGUUAAUUGAUUAUAUACAGCUUCUCCUACCUGCUGAAAAACGCCCAUACGUUGACAUGGCUGUCCGUGUUUUUGAAAUGCUUUGGGACACUGUGAUUGUAGCCUCCAAACCAGGAGAGCGCAACGUCAAAGACGUUCCAAGCUUGCUUUUAGAUGUAGCAAAGCUCCUUCUGAACAGCACGGCUCCCCUUGCAGAGCAGCUGCCUGAAGCUGUGGUCACUGACUUGUUUGCUGUGCUGCAAGGCUCCAUGCAGCUGGCCCUCUCCUCCAUUGAGUCAGGCUUCCCCAAGGACAGGAACCUCACCAUGGAAGCCAACUGGACUGCAAUCCUGCAGGAGAGGACACUGGAAGAAGUUGAGCAGCUGGGUUCUGAACUGCAGGCCAGCGUUCUGUGGCCCACAGUGAAACCAUACUUUGACACAGCAUACUGGAUUAUGGCUUACUCCAGUCAGCAGAACACCACCGCACCACCCAACUGUACUUUCAUCAAUUCAACCAUGUCCCUGGAUUGCAGCUCUGUGUUCAGCUGGAAGCAGUUUGUCCUAAUGACUGUGGCACUCUCUGAAGAAGUGGCCAAAGAUCAGACAUCACUGCUGAGGAUGCUUCGGGCAGGAGUAUUAUUUGCUCAGAACAGUUUCCGGAGUCAUGUGGUUGAGCGGCUCUUAAGUACUUUGCCUCUAAACAGCACAGACCCAUUCCUAAAAAAACAAUUCAGACAAGACUAUACACAACUGCUAGACCUUGCUUCAGCCUUGGUGGACCCUUUAACUCCGGUCAACAUCUCCACUGCCUCAGUUUCUAUUGAGGACAUUGUGACCCUACUAGAAAUCAUGAGUAAAAACAAUUCCAAAUAUUACAUGGAUCCACUGUUAAAGGAUGUUGAAACAGCAGUGAAAGUGUUUAAAUUAUUACAAGAAGGGAUAAAAGUCCUCUCCACAUUGGAGUCAGAAGGGGCUGCCAAUCAAACUCUGUUCAAUCUGUCAAGCCAGAUGAUGACAUUUGACAAGUUAAUUGAUUAUAUACAGCUUCUCCUACCUGCUGAAAAACGCCCAUACGUUGACAUGGCUGUCCGUGUUUUUGAAAUGCUUUGGGACACUGUGAUUGUAGCCUCCAAACCAGGAGAGCGCAACGUCAAAGACGUUCCAAGCUUGCUUUUAGAUGUAGCAAAGCUCCUUCUGAACAGCACGGCUCCCCUUGCAGAGCAGCUGCCUGAAGCUGUGGUCACUGACUUGUUUGCUGUGCUGCAAGGCUCCAUGCAGCUGGCCCUCUCCUCCAUUGAGUCAGGCUUCCCCAAGGACAGGAACCUCACCAUGGAAGCCAACUGGACUGCAAUCCUGCAGGAGAGGACACUGGAAGAAGUUGAGCAGCUGGGUUCUGAACUGCAGGCCAGCGUUCUGUGGCCCACAGUGAAACCAUACUUUGACACAGCAUACUGGAUUAUGGCUUACUCCAGUCAGCAGAACACCACCGCACCACCCAACUGUACUUUCAUCAAUUCAACCAUGUCCCUGGAUUGCAGCUCUGUGUUCAGCUGGAAGCAGUUUGUCCUAAUGACUGUGGCACUCUCUGAAGAAGUGGCCAAAGAUCAGACAUCACUGCUGAGGAUGCUUCGGGCAGGAGUAUUAUUUGCUCAGAACAGUUUCCGGAGUCAUGUGGUUGAGCGGCUCUUAAGUACUUUGCCUCUAAACAGCACAGACCCAUUCCUAAAAAAACAAUUCAGACAAGACUAUACACAACUGCUAGACCUUGCUUCAGCCUUGGUGGACCCUUUAACUCCGGUCAACAUCUCCACUGCCUCAGUUUCUAUUGAGGACAUUGUGACCCUACUAGAAAUCAUGAGUAAAAACAAUUCCAAAUAUUACAUGGAUCCACUGUUAAAGGAUGUUGAAACAGCAGUGAAAGUGUUUAAAUUAUUACAAGAAGGGAUAAAAGUCCUCUCCACAUUGGAGUCAGAAGGGGCUGCCAAUCAAACUCUGUUCAAUCUGUCAAGCCAGAUGAUGACAUUUGACAAGUUAAUUGAUUAUAUACAGCUUCUCCUACCUGCUGAAAAACGCCCAUAUGUUGACAUGGCUGUCCGUGUUUUUGAAAUGCUUUGGGACACUGUGAUUGUAGCCUCCAAACCAGGAGAGCGCAACGUCAAAGACGUUCCAAGCUUGCUUUUAGAUGUAGCAAAGCUCCUUCUGAACAGCACGGCUCCCCUUGCAGAGCAGCUGCCUGAAGCUGUGGUCACUGACUUGUUUGCUGUGCUGCAAGGCUCCAUGCAGCUGGCCCUCUCCUCCAUUGAGUCAGGCUUCCCCAAGGACAGGAACCUCACCAUGGAAGCCAACUGGACUGCAAUCCUGCAGGAGAGGACACUGGAAGAAGUUGAGCAGCUGGGUUCUGAACUGCAGGCCAGCGUUCUGUGGCCCACAGUGAAACCAUACUUUGACACAGCAUACUGGAUUAUGGCUUACUCCAGUCAGCAGAACACCACCGCACCACCCAACUGUACUUUCAUCAAUUCAACCAUGUCCCUGGAUUGCAGCUCUGUGUUCAGCUGGAAGCAGUUUGUCCUAAUGACUGUGGCACUCUCUGAAGAAGUGGCCAAAGAUCAGACAUCACUGCUGAGGAUGCUUCGGGCAGGAGUAUUAUUUGCUCAGAACAGUUUCCGGAGUCAUGUGGUUGAGCGGCUCUUAAGUACUUUGCCUCUAAACAGCACAGACCCAUUCCUAAAAAAACAAUUCAGACAAGACUAUACACAACUGCUAGACCUUGCUUCAGCCUUGGUGGACCCUUUAACUCCGGUCAACAUCUCCACUGCCUCAGUUUCUAUUGAGGACAUUGUGACCCUACUAGAAAUCAUGAGUAAAAACAAUUCCAAAUAUUACAUGGAUCCACUGUUAAAGGAUGUUGAAACAGCAGUGAAAGUGUUUAAAUUAUUACAAGAAGGGAUAAAAGUCCUCUCCACAUUGGAGUCAGAAGGGGCUGCCAAUCAAACUCUGUUCAAUCUGUCAAGCCAGAUGAUGACAUUUGACAAGUUAAUUGAUUAUAUACAGCUUCUCCUACCUGCUGAAAAACGCCCAUACGUUGACAUGGCUGUCCGUGUUUUUGAAAUGCUUUGGGACACUGUGAUUGUAGCCUCCAAACCAGGAGAGCGCAACGCCGAAGACAUUCCAAGCUUGCUUUUAGAUGUAGCAAAGCUCCUUCUGAACAGCACGGCUCCCCUUGCAGAGCAGCUGCCUGAAGCUGUGGUCACUGACUUGUUUGCUGUGCUGCAAGGCUCCAUGCAGCUGGCCCUCUCCUCCAUUGAGUCAGGCUUCCCCAAGGACAGGAACCUCACCAUGGAAGCCAACUGGACUGCAAUCCUGCAGGAGAGGACACUGGAAGAAGUUGAGCAGCUGGGUUCUGAACUGCAGGCCAGCGUUCUGUGGCCCACAGUGAAACCAUACUUUGACACAGCAUACUGGAUUAUGGCUUACUCCAGUCAGCAGAACACCACCGCACCACCCAACUGUACUUUCAUCAAUUCAACCAUGUCCCUGGAUUGCAGCUCUGUGUUCAGCUGGAAGCAGUUUGUCCUAAUGACUGUGGCACUCUCUGAAGAAGUGGCCAAAGAUCAGACAUCACUGCUGAGGAUGCUUCGGGCAGGAGUAUUAUUUGCUCAGAACAGUUUCCGGAGUCAUGUGGUUGAGCGGCUCUUAAGUACUUUGCCUCUAAACAGCACAGACCCAUUCCUAAAAAAACAAUUCAGACAAGACUAUACACAACUGCUAGACCUUGCUUCAGCCUUGGUGGACCCUUUAACUCCGGUCAACAUCUCCACUGCCUCAGUUUCUAUUGAGGACAUUGUGACCCUACUAGAAAUCAUGAGUAAAAACAAUUCCAAAUAUUACAUGGAUCCACUGUUAAAGGAUGUUGAAACAGCAGUGAAAGUGUUUAAAUUAUUACAAGAAGGGAUAAAAGUCCUCUCCACAUUGGAGUCAGAAGGGGCUGCCAAUCAAACUCUGUUCAAUCUGUCAAGCCAGAUGAUGACAUUUGACAAGUUAAUUGAUUAUAUACAGCUUCUCCUACCUGCUGAAAAACGCCCAUAUGUUGACAUGGCUGUCCGUGUUUUUGAAAUGCUUUGGGACACUGUGAUUGUAGCCUCCAAACCAGGAGAGCGCAACGCCGAAGACAUUCCAAGCUUGCUUUUAGAUGUAGCAAAGCUCCUUCUGAACAGCACGGCUCCCCUUGCAGAGCAGCUGCCUGAAGCCGUGGUCACUGACUUGUUUGCUGUGCUGCAAGGCUCCAUGCAGCUGGCCCUCUCCUCCAGUGAGUCAGGCUUCCCCAAGGACAGGAACCUCACCAUGGAAGUGAUUGGUAGACUCCAGAACCUUGUGAGAGCACUCGUCCCACAGCCUGCUGCUUCCAUUCUAAUACCCGUGUCAGAAGCGGUGAAAAUAUACUUUGAGACCAUCUCCCAAGAUGAUGUCCCUGACACUUGGAGUCAGAUUAUUGAGGAAGAUUUGCAUUACUUUUUGCCAAAUGACAGUAACUGGAAUGACUUCAUCAUCCUGCUUCAGAAUAUCUCAGCACUGCUGUCCCAACAAAGCCAAGGGAAUACCACGAGUCUGGGAAUCGCUGGCUAUCUCCUGGAGAGGAUCCUUGGUAGUGAAGGAAUAUCAGGCAACACAUCACUUAUCGAGGUUCUCUUUGAGCAGGUGUUGGCAGGCUGGGGAGAUGCCUCUCAUGAGAGUCCCAGCCCCCAGCUCCACACUCUCGCUUCACUCUUUGCUGAUGUGGAGCAUGCUAUGGGACUGCCUAACAUUACAGAAGCUUGGGCUGAGAGAAUUCUCCCGGCUCUCAUCCAGCUAGCGAGUGGGACCGCAGAGAAAGAUCUCUGGAAAAUGACGUCAGGUAUCCUGGAGGCAGUGUUAUCUUCGUUAAAGGAGACUCCAGCCUGGGAACCAGUGCAGGACAUUCUGACCCUAGAACAAGCCCUCUCCAGUGUGGUUGUCCAGUCUGUCAAAGUGGAAACAGAUCUCAAUCUGUAUGUGAAAGUGUUGCUGGGUAAUCUCACCACCAGCCUGAAACAAGUCAUACAGGACAGUGGUGUCAAUUGCACUGAAUCCAUUCGACCCAUCCUACAUGCAGUGUCCCAAACCGCCAACAUCAUUAGGGAGGAUCUGCUGUCAGGAAGAACUGUAAGCUGUGGAGACAUAAGUAGAACAUGGACUGAUAUCAUGCAUGAUGAACUUGCACUCAACCAGACCUUGGUGGAGGAGUUGUGCAACCAGACCUGCUUCCCGGAUGACUUGAACUCUGAAGCAGGCAUCCUUCGGCAGCUUAUAAACACAACCGUCAGUAGUUUGGGAAAGGAGGACAGCAUCGACGGGAACGAGUUAACGAAGGACCUGGAGACCCUUUACCAAGCAGCUCUGAGUUACUAUGAGAGCCUGAGGCACUUCUAUACAGAGAUCUCAGCAGUCAUAAUCAACAGCAGCCCUUCAGGGGACUCCAGCAUUCCUGCUCUCAUCGAUGACCUCGCUACUCAACACAUGGUUUUGGGUGUCUCAGCUGCUCUCAACCCCUUUUUGCAGCAGGCCAGCGUGCUACCAGGGCUGAAGCAGCACAUUGAAGCAGCUUACUGGAUAAUGAAUUACGCAAUGCAAAACAACUACAAUGGGCAAGGCAACUGUGACAACUCGUCCAUGAGCUGGAGCUGUAAGGGCACAGAUGAACUUGAGUUGCAUUCAGAGAAGAUGGUUGGAUUUCUCUUAGCCGUCACCAAGGACCCAGUCCUCGCUGGCAGAUUGCUGCAAGGAACCUGGGAAUGUGUUUCUCACAACAGCACCCUUUUCAGUGCAUACAACGCCACUGCUGUUGCGGUGAUGCACCUUCUCAAGGAUGACAUUGAACUUUUCCUGAAUGUUUCGCUCAAUCUCAUUAUGGAUGCAGAAGCAGAUCCUUCACAGCUAUGGAAAGAAGCUCUCAGCUGCCUCUUGAAAGACUUCCUUAAGAACGUUAACAGCAGCUCCCUUCACCAAAUCUGGAAUGGAGACAUCUUAAAAGUUAUUGCUCAAGGUCUGAAGAAUGCAAUAAGGGUGCUGAUCAAGAUUAAGAUACUAGAAGAUGGGUCUCUGGUGUAUAAGAUUCUGGAGCAACAGCUGGCAAAUUCCAGCCUCUCUCAACUGAGCAUGGGCGAUCAGAUGCAGCUUGCUGAUAAGUUAAUAAACAACUUGGCAUCUUCCCUAUCUGCCGAGCAAAGAUCUUAUAUCAAUGCAACUCUUCUCAGAAUAUUAGAAACACUUCCAGCUCUGUCUAAUGGUACUAACAUCACAGGUAAUAUCUUCAGUCUCACCAGGGCAGCUUCAGACUUCCUGCUGGAGAUAUCUAAUGCCACCAGUUUCCCUAUUUCCGAUAUAACUUCAGCCGGAAACAUUGUGGGUGAUUUGCUCCAGAUCUCAGAACUGGUAACCAAUGCACUUUUGGCAAGACUUACUUCUAAUCAGCUGAUGGGCAUAGCUGAGACAUUUAAAGCAAUAGAGCAGCUGGUGACAACCUUAACACCCAUGUUGACUUCAGAGCAAAGCCACUACCUGAAUGCUACAGUUGAAGUCAUAAAGACCCUGGUAAUCCCCCUGUACAACAAUGCUGAUGCAUUGGACAGCAGUGUUGCCAUAUCUGAAUCCCUUCUGAAGCUUUUGGGGAUCAUCCCCGAUCCCACAAUGCAGUCAGUGAACAGCAGUGCUUUUAAGAAUCUUGGAGCUUCCAUCAGAAGAGUGACAGAAGUCUACUUCUCCAAUGCAACCGAUUUAGUAAAAGCAGCAGGCGUUACUGUCACUGUGGCAAGUGAGCUGCAGAAUGUGCUCAAAAUGGUUCCCCCAAGUUAUGAGGUGAACAAAACUCUGGAGGUGAUCAAGAUCAUCAAAGACAACGUGGGCAGUUUGCUGGGAAUAAAUUCAACAAACUGGGCUGAUGCGGUUCUCCAGUUGCUGGCUAACACUGCAGAGCUGGUGCCACCAGAGCUUCCCUAUGCACAGCAGUUCAAGAACAUGAUAAUAAACCUAGCUACAGAGGCCCAAGCAGAAGAAUUCCUUGUGCUGUCAGAGUUAAGCCAGAUUCUGCAAACGAUGUUCACUACAAAUUGGGUGGCAGACAACAUUACAACGGCACUUGAAAACCUGAAAAUCAAGAAGGCUCAGAUGAAUACUGUGACUGGCAUUGUGUGCAAGUUGGAGAAGUUGAGCUCUGUGCAGGCUCUGUAUGAUCUGGUGCCCAUGAAUUCGGGGAUAAUGUGCCAGACUGUUUCUCCAGCCAUCCAGGCUGUUUUCUCGCUCUCCUACAGCACUCUGAACUGGAAGAGAAACCUCACCUUCAGCCCGAACACUCUGCUGGACAAUCUGUACAACUUGGCAGUUGGAGACCCCAGCAACUACAAACUGAACGCAAACUGGUCGUCUGUACUUGUGGGCAGCACAUUAAAUUUCAACACCAGUGCUUUCAGCUUCCUGAACAUUACUAACACUACUGCAGCUCCUGCAAAAGUGUCUGACCUGAUUCUUAACCCAGCAGCCUUCAUGUCAGAGAUUCACAAACAAACAGGAAUGCCAAUGGAUGCCAUAGAUGCUCUGAUGCAGACAGUUAUUCCUGACAACUCUUUAAAGCUGCUUGCUUGGUUGAUGGGUCUGUGGCACUGCGACUCCCCAGGGAAACUCAACCUGACCCAGUCAGAGGAGCUGGUGCAUCGGGCAUUCUGCAAGCUGGAUCCCUUGCAGUGGUACAACUUUGUGGUUAUAGUCCUUGAGCACCUGGAUUUACUUGACUUUGUUUACAAGAUCAUACUGACCUCGGACAUGCAGAACAUCAUUGAAGCGAUGCUGCAGCUCUUCCAGUUUACAAUGGAAAUGUUUCAGAAGCUGACCCCAGCCAUCAAGAUGUUGGUCGGCUACCUGCAACAGAUCCAGAGGCUCAACCUGAUCGCGAACUCGGAAUUCAAAGAAUUGGUUGCUGGGAAUAGGGCCACAAUGUCGAGCAAGGCCACAUUCAACACGCUCGCCGGCGCCGUGUGUUACAGGGGAUUCUUCUCCCUCUUCACAGUCUCGCAGGUCCCCAAUUUCAUGGACUCUAACCCCUCCACCCAGGGAGGCCUUAAUGUGGACGAGAUCAUGAAGAAAUUUAACAUCCCCAGUAACGCAACACCCUUCUGCCUUGCAUUGUACCUGGACAUGGUGAACACCACUGGUGGAGCUGUGGCCUGGGCAUUCAUCAAGCCCAUGCUGCUGGGCAAGAUCCUGUACACCCCAGACACGCCCGAGACCAGGGCCAUCAUGGAGAAGUCUAAUGACACAUUGCAGCAGCUGGACAAACUUAAUAUGUACUCCCAGGACUGGAUAGAUGCCUCCAAAUUAAUCUUUGAUUCUGCCCAGCAACUUGGAAAGACUGUUCCAGUACUUAUGCGCUCCCUACAAAUCCCUUUUGUGCAGAAUUUCGUUAAGUUACAAACAAACAUCAACGUGACCGACAUCUUAAACUCGCUCCAAAUGUACUCAAACUUGACUAAAAUGUUGGAAGAGAACCAGAACGUGAUGGACCAGCUGACGGUCCUCUCCCAGCUGAUGCUCAACCUGUCCUCCUGUGUGAAUUUCAAUCGCAAUCAGCCGGUCAGCAGCAUAGCGGAGAUGAACGCCAUGGCCAAAGAGCUUCUCAAGACCAAUGAGCUGUACGCUAGUAUCAUUUUUAAAAUGCCUCCGAAAAGCAGUCGUCGAAAGAGGUCAGCUGGUGCUGGCAUCUCCCUGCCCGCUGAGAUGAGCUACACCAUACGCAUGGUUGUGCAGAAUGCCAUGAGGACUGACAGAAUAAGAGACCCUUCCUGGACACCCGGACCCUACAUCUCAUCCAACAAAAACCAGCGAUACAACCGUGGCUUUAUCAACCUGCAGGAGAGCAUCGACAGGGCCAUCAUUGACAUCCAAGCAGGCAGGAAGGUUGAGGAGCCAGCCGUCCAGCUACAGGCCUUCCCCUACCCCUGCUACUUCAAAGACAAUUUCCUCAACAGCAUGUCGAACACCUUCCCGCUCGCCCUCAUGAUCGCUUGGGUCCUUUUCAUCGCUGCGUUUGUCAAAAAGCUGGUUCACGAGAGAGAGCUGAGACUUCACGAGUACAUGAAGAUGAUGGGAGUGAACCCCAGCAGUCACUUCUGUGCCUGGUUCAUAGAGAGUGCCUCUUUCCUCCUCGUCACCAUCAUCAUCAUGACCAUCAUCCUGAAGGCGGGUAAGAUCUUCCCCAACAGCAACGGCUUCAUCAUUUUCCUGUUCCUGUGUGACUACGGCUUCUCCAUCCUGGCCAUGAGCUUCCUCAUCAGCGCCUUCUUCGACCGCACCAACGUGGCUGGCCUCAGUGGCAGCCUUGUCUACAUCAUCUGCUUCUUCCCAUUCAUCGUCAUGGUGACCAUCGAGUCCAGCCUCACCUUUUCAACCAAGAGCCUCCUGUGCCUGUUUGCCCCAACUUGUUUCAGCUAUGCAGGUCAAUACAUUGGUCGCUAUGAAGGGCAGAACAUAGGAAUCCAGUGGGAUAACUCCUACGUCUCCCCAUUGUCUAAUGAUACCACCUCCUUCGGCUGGCUCUGCUGGCUGCUGUUCAUCGACUCCCUCGUCUAUUUCGCCGUCGGCUGGUACAUCCGGAUUGUCUUUCCAGGGAAGUAUGGCAUUGCCUCCCCAUGGUAUUUCCCGGUCCUGCCCUCAUUCUGGGCAGAGUGCUGUGGCUUUAACACAUGCAGAAAAGACAGUGGAAGAGGGCUCCUGUUCACCAACAUCAUGCUGCAGAGCGGGAACAUCGAUCACAAGAACAAAAAUGCCACACCCUGGCUCAGAUUGCUGUGUCCCCAGUAUUGUCACCAGGUUCAUCCAGUCCCACCUGCCCGAGGCUCAGUUGAAGGAGAAGAUAAUGAGGUCUUUACUUCUGAGGGGGAGGCUGAACUGGAAGGCCUGCCCGUGGGCAUGUCUCUCCACGGCCUCACCAAGCUCUACGACCAAACCGUCGCCAUCCAGAACCUCAACCUCAACUUCUACGAGGGCCACGUGACCACACUGCUGGGGCACAAUGGAGCGGGCAAGACCACCACCAUGUCCCUGCUGACUGGGCUGUACAGCCCCUCGUCCGGCUCCAUCCUGGUGUAUGGGAAGGACAUGCAGACGCACAUGGACGCAGUGCGCAGAGACAUGGGGGUGUGUAUGCAGUACGACGUCCUCUUCGAACACCUCACUGCUAAAGAGCACCUCUUGCUGUAUGGACAGAUCAAGAGCCCUGGCUGGAACAAGCAUGAACUGAACCAGCAAGUGCGCAACACCCUGAAGGAGACUGGCAUGUAUGCCCAUCGGCACAAGCGCGUGGACACGCUCUCGGGCGGGAUGAAGAGGAAGCUCUCCAUCUCCAUCGCGUUCAUUGGCGGCUCUAAGACGGUGGUCUUGGAUGAGCCCACCACGGGCGUGGACCCCUGCUCCCGGAGGAGCAUCUGGGACAUUGUCAUCAGACACAAGACAGGGCGCACCAUCAUCCUGUCCACUCACCACCUGGAUGAGGCAGAGGUCCUGAGUGACCGCAUUGCCUUCCUGGAGCGCGGGGGGCUCAAGUGCUGCGGCUCCCCCUUCUAUCUGAAAGAGAAGCUGGGCCAGGGCUACGACCUGACCCUGACCAGGAGGAUGCCACCCCCUGGCUCAGAAGAUUACUGUGUUCCUGAUACCAUCACACGGUUCAUCCAGUCUCACCUGCCCGAGGCUCAGUUGAAGGAGAAGGUGGGGGCGGACCUGGUCUAUGCCCUGCCCCCCUUCGGAGCCCAGAAUGCUGAUGCUUACCGAUCCCUCCUGAGCGAGCUGGACAGGAGCCUGGACACCCUGCGGCUCGGCUGCUAUGGCAUCUCCGACACCACUCUGGCGGAGGUCUACCUCCAAAUGACAAAGGACGAUGAAAACAAGGACACAGCCGGGGCUAACACGCAAAUGGUGGUCCAGGUCCCCUCUGAGGACACUAUGGUCUCUGAAGAUGCCACCAGUAGCUAUACCGUCAGUGACAGACAAGCCCUGACUGGCUCCUCCACUCUCGGGGGGGCCCGCCUCUUCGCACAGAAGGUGGUGGGGAUGCUGUUGAAGAGGAUCCACCACUCGCGGAGAGACUGGAGGGGCCUGCUUGCCCAGAUCAUACUGCCCGUGCUGUUCGUCAUCGCUGCCAUGGGGAUGGGCACCAUCAAGAAUGGCAUCCUGGAAUAUCCCAAAAUAAAUCUCUCACCUGCCUUGUACGGAUACGACAGCCAGUCUGUCUUCUUUGGGCUUAGAAACCCCAGUGCCAGUGAUUUGGUCUCUAAGAUGAUGUCAUUUCCUGGAAUAGACAACUUCUGCUUGUAUAACCCUGGGAAUGAGCAGUGUCUGAAUAAAGAGGGGUCCGGAGACUGGACUUCAAGUGGAAAAGCUCCUGUGUCAUACAAGCCAUGUGACUGCAAUACUACUGUUCAGGUCUGCCCAAGAGAUGAUUAUGUACCCCCUCAUAAAAAGGCCCCCUCCUUGCAAACAGUGUACAACGUGAGUCAAUUUGAUGUGGAAAACUACCUACUCUCUACAGCAAACAGCUUCAUCCAGAACAGGUAUGGUGGCUGGGUCUUUGGCAGUCCUCUCCCAGUUGAUCUCCAGAUGGAUUUUGACCCUGUUCCAGCUAACAGGACAUUGACAAAGGUCUGGUACAACCCUGAAGGGUACCACACAAUGCCAGCCUACCUGAACAGCCUUGAUAACUUCAUUCUUAGGGCCAACCUGCCCCCUGGUGUGGAUCCACAGAAGUACGCUAUUUCUGUGUACAGCCAACCAUAUUCAGUAGGUGUCCUACAGGAGGAUACUGUGGUUCAGAGUCUGGUGGGUGUGCUGGUCGCCCUCUGCAUCCUCACGGGAUACUCCAUCAUGACAGCUAGCUUUGUUAUUUACGAGGUCACAGAGUAUCAGACGGGUGCCAAGCGUCUCCAGCACAUUUCUGGCAUUGGGGAGAUCUUCUAUUGGAUAGUCAACUUCAUCUAUGAUAUGACACUGUACAUGGUCCCAGUAGCCUUGUCCAUAGCUAUCAUUGCUGCCUUUCAACUCCCCGCCUUCAGUAGCGGACAGAACCUGGGGGCCGUGUCUCUGCUCCUGGUGCUGUUUGGCUUCGGGACGUUCCCGUGGAUGUAUCUCCUGGCCGGUAUCUUCAAGAACGCGGAGAUGGCUUUCAUCUGUUAUGUCUCCAUCAACCUGUUCAUCGCCAUCAACACCAUCAUCUCCACCUCGGUGGUCUACUUCCUGUCUGAGCUAAAGAAAGACAACUUGAACAUUAAAGAGGUGUACAAUGUGAUGAGCUACGUGUUCCUGAUCUUCCCGCAGUUCAGCUUCGGGAACGGCCUGAUGGAGCUGUCCCGCAUGCAGUUACAGGUGGAUAUUCUGACUGUGUUCGGGAUCGACAGCUAUACAAGCCCCUUCGACAUGGACGUCCUCGGGUGGAUGUUUGUAGCGUUGGCCGUCCAGGGCAGCUUCUGCUUCCUGCUGAGGCUGCUGCUCAACACCUGGCUGCUGCGCAAGAUAAGGAUCUUGAUGUGCAGGAUGAGAGCAGUGAUGUUCCAUGCUCCGGAUGAGGACCCCGAUGUGAAGGCAGAGCAGGACAGAGUGGACAGCGGUCAAGCCAGCGGAGACCUGCUGCAGCUCAACAAGCUUUGCAAACUGUAUCAGAACAUCCACAAGAAAGUGCUGGCGGUCAAUAACAUCUCUGUGGGCAUCCCUGCUGGAGAGUGCUUUGGGCUGCUCGGUGUGAACGGAGCAGGGAAGACAACCACCUUUAAGAUGCUGACGGCUGAGAUCUUCCCUUCCAAUGGAAACGCACUCGUCAAGGACACGAAUGGGAGCACAGUGGACAUCAUGGACGGCAGCAUGGAAGGGAUCAAUAUUGGCUACUGCCCGCAGGUGGAUGCUCUGGAUGAUCUGCUGACAGGAGAGGAGCACCUGUACUACUACGCCAGGAUCCGCGGCAUUCCCAGCCAACAAAUUCACAGCGUGGUGAUGUACCUCCUUCAAAGACUGGAGCUCCUUCCUCACAAAGACAAGCCCACCUGCCAAUACAGCUGUGGCACCAAGAGGAAGCUCUCCACUGCCCUGGCUCUCAUCGGGUCUCCUCAGAUCCUGCUGCUGGAUGAACCAAGCUCUGGGAUGGAUCCCAGAUCCAAACGUCAUCUCUGGAACAUCAUUUCAGAGGAACUGAAAGAGAAGUGUGCUGUGGUUCUAACCUCCCACAGCAUGGAAGAGUGCGAGGCGCUCUGCACCAGACUGGCAAUAAUGGUGAAAGGACGAUUCAGGUGUCUUGGUUCUCUACAGCACAUCAAGAACAGAUUUGGAAGUGGCUUCACUGUGAAAAUGCACCUCACGUCGAACAGCCUGGAAGUGGAACACAUCACCACAUUCAUGCAGUCUCACUUCCCAAGCAGUUUCAUGAAGGAUCACCACUCUGGCAUGGUGGAGUACCACGUCCCCGUGGCUCCGGGGGGCGUCGCUGAUAUUUUUGACCAGCUGGAGUGCAACAAAGCAUCUCUGAGCAUCAAACACUUUUCUGUGAGCCAAACCACACUGGAUGAGGUCUUCAUUAACUUUGCCAAAGAGUCGAGUGCGGAGGAAUAUGAAGACAACAGUGAGCUGACCAGUCAGUCUGUGAACACAUAACACAGUGAAGCAGCAGAAGUCUCUACACCCCUGUGACAAAGUGCCCGCCCCUGUGUGUAUUUUCUGUUAUAUGUUGUGUAUUAAUGUUGGUGUAUAGUCAUUG